ACAUAUGUGGUGGUUGGGAAAGACUCACUGAUCUACAGAUUUAGUGCUCAUAAGGCAUUUUGGUUAAUGGGUCCUCUGAAUCCAGUGAGGCGAGGUGCCAUGCGAAUACUCACUCAUCCAUUGUUCAGUAUGGCUGUGAUGGUGACAAUUUUGGCGAACUGCAUAUUCAUGGCUCUCAGUAACCCACCAAAGGAAUCUGAGUAUGUAUUUACUGCCAUCUAUACCUGUGAAGCAUUAGUGAAGAUGUUAUCAAGGGGAUUCAUCCUCCGGCCAUUCACAUAUCUCAGGGAUGCCUGGAAUUGGUUGGAUUUCUGUGUUGUUUCCCUUGCGUAUCUAACAGAAUUUGUUGACCUUGGAAAUGUAUCUGCUCUGAGAACCUUCCGUGUUUUGAGAGCCCUCAAGACUGUAGCAGUAGUACCAGGUCUGAAGACUAUUGUCCAAGCUGUAAUCAUCUCUGUCCAACGUCUCCGUGAUGUCAUGAUCCUCACCUGCUUUUUCCUCUAUAUCUUUGCUUUAGUUGGUCUACAGGUCUACAUGGGAUGUCUUACUCGUAAAUGUGUAAAACAUCCAGAUUGGAGCUUCGGCUUGAACUACACUGUAGAAAUAGCUGAACUUAACAAAUCAUAUCUAAGCAAUGACUCAAACUGGCUUCCAGGUACUGCAAAUGGUAAAUAUUACCUUUGUGGCAACAGCACAGGAUCAAAUCUCUGCCCAGAAAACUACACAUGCGUCUCCAAUAUUGGUGAAAAUCCUAAUUAUGGUUUCACAAGUUUUGAUAACUUUGGCUGGGCAAUCCUAUCCUCUUUCCGCCUCAUGACACAGGACUUCUGGGAGAAUCUUUAUCAAUUGGUGAUAAGAUCAAUGGGUCCCUGGCACAUGUUAUUCUUCAUCAUGGUGCUAUUCCUUGGCUCCUACUACCUGUUGAACUUGAUUCUGGCUAUAGUUGCCAUGGCGUAUGAUGAGCAGCAAAAACAGACACAGGCUGACAUUGAGGAGGCAGAGGCAGAAAGAAAGGACCAAGUGGAAAAGAAAGAGAGGGAAGAGGCAGCUCGUAAGCAAGACCUUGCUGAUGCGAAACUUGAAGCUGAAGAAGAGUUAGAGAAAGCCAAGGAUCCAGAUACUGGUGAGGCAUGUGAAGCUGAUGAUGAUAGACUAAGCGUCACUCAGCCACCAAGUACUAAAUCAAGUCCAGGAAUGGGACUUAAACAAAGAAAGCACUUAACACCAAAUAAGGUCAACAGUCUUCCUGCUUCACCAAACUUGAGGCCUAAGAAUCUACAAGAGAAUAUGAGACUUUCAACUUUAUCAUUUCCAUUUGCUGAUGACUCCAAUGCAGUCACACCAGAAGUACAGGAAAUGUACCCACCACGCUCAAACUCAGUCAAGAAACGCCAAUCUUGGAAGAAGAAAUUUAAGUUGCCCAGUUCAAAUAUAUCGAACAGCAAUACAUUUGAUGCUAUGCUUGCUCAACCUGAUGCAAUGGAGAUGGAAUCAUUAACCGCUGCAUCCAUGCGAAGUUUGCCACAGGAGCCAGACGAAGAGGAAGAUGAACUAACUAGAGGUGAAUACAUAGUGAAGAAGCUAAAUGAUACAUUCUGUGCAUGGACCUGCUGCCCAUGCUGGUAUAAGUUAUCAGAGAUAUGCCACAUCUUCAUAUUUGACUGCUGGGUUGACUUGUUUGUAUUGCUUUGUAUCAUUGCCAAUACAGCGUUUAUGGCUGCAGAUCAUCAUGGUAUGACAGAACAGUUUGCUUACACACUUCAAAUUGGCAACUAUUUCUUCACCACUGUGUUUACUGCUGAGGCUGUGAUUAAGUUGGUUGCGUUAGGCCCCAAACUUUACUUCAAGGAUACCUGGAAUAAAUUUGACUUUACUAUAGUUACUCUGUCAUUAGUGGAGUUGGGAUUAGCAAAUGUAAAAGGAUUGUCUAUACUCAGGUCAUUUCGUCUGAUGAGGGUGUUGAAGCUGGCUAAGUCCUGGCCAACAUUGAAUUUACUGCUUGGAAUAAUUGGAAGGACAUUGGGUGCCCUUGGGAACUUGACCUUUGUUGUUGGAAUUCUUAUCUUCAUAUUUGCUGUCAUGGGAAUGCAGUUGUUUGGACAAUAUUACGAACUGAACUACCAUCGCCUAGGCUUAGAUCAAAAGCCCCGUUGGCAUAUGCAUGACUUCUUCCACUCAUUUAUGAUUGUGUUCCGUGUUUUGUGUGGGGAAUGGAUAGAAUCAAUGUGGGAUUGCAUGAUCGUAGCUGGUGCAAUGUGUGUGCCAUUCUUUAUGCUGACAGUCAUAUUAGGAAAUCUAGUGGUGCUGAAUCUGUUUCUGGCUUUGUUACUGAGCUCAUUCGGAGCAGACAGUUUGCAAAAACAAGAUGAUGAUGAUGAUGAACCAAAUAAAAUAGCUGAAGCCAUCGACAGGUUUAAAUGGGUUGGCUCAAAAAUAAAAUAUGGUAUUAUGUAUAGUAUAUGUGUGUUAAUAUUGAAAAGAGAACCAAACAAUGUGAAGGCAUUGAGAAGUGAAACUAUUGAGAUGAAUGGAUUAGAGAGGGGUGACCCAGAUGGUGCUAGUGAUAAUGAGUGUAUUGAGAAUGGAACAAAUGGACAUAAAAGUCCGACAAAGUCUUUAAAAUCUAGUGAAAUUGAAACAGAUGGAAAUGAAGACACAAAAACACUGCUUCCACAGAGCAGAGACAAAAGCUCUUCACAGAAAAGCUUGAAUGAUGUAAAUGGAAUCAUUAUGCAAAACAAACAUGCAAUAGCAAUAGAUGAUGAAAACAAUGAGGCUAUGCAAAAUGAUAUAGAUAGAGUAUCUGAGAAGUCAACAAAAAUUGAAAUUGAAGAUGGUUCUGAUUCUAAACAUGAUGGAGAUAAUACUUCUAAUGAUCUGUCGGUUAAUGAGGAUACUAAACUUAAGACAGAUGAUGAGGCUGAUGGCACUAACAAGGAAGAAACAGAGAUAGAAGAGGACAAAGACCCAUUUGAUUGCUGGUGUCCUGGUUGUUAUGACAAAUUUAUAUUUUGUCAAACAUGCACAUCAACUCCAAUCGGUCAGAAAUACUGGAAGGCACGUGUGUUCUCUUACUGGCUGGUUGAAAACAAUUACUUUGAAACAUUUAUCAUUGUUAUGAUUUUACUAUCCAGUCUAGCUUUGGCAAUUGAAGAUAUACAUCUAGUUAAUAGGCCCUGGCUACAAACCACUCUUUAUAUAAUGGACAAAAUUUUCACUAUCAUAUUCAUUCUUGAGAUGUUACUCAAGUGGGUCGCUUAUGGCUACAAGAAGUACUUCACUGAUGCCUGGUGCUGGUUGGACUUUGUUAUUGUAGCAAUAUCCAUAGUUGGCUUAGUAGCAGAGAUGAUAGGAGCAGGAAAGAUAGGUGCAUUCAAGGCACUUAGAACCUUACGUGCAUUAAGGCCUCUUAGGGCAGUAUCAAGAUGGGAGGGAAUGAAGAUUAUUGUUAAUGCCUUAUUCCGUGCAAUCCCAGCCAUUUGCAAUGUGGGCUUUGUCAUCCUAGUAAUGUGGCUAAUAGGAGCCAUAAUGGGCUGUCAACUGUUUGGAGGCCAAUUCUACAAGUGCGUGGAUGCAGAGGGCAACAAACUCACGACUGAUAUUGUUGCAAACAGAACAGAAUGUGACAAUGCAACCAACAAAGAGCUCAACUAUACCUGGGUGAACUCAAAGGUCAACUUUGACCAUGUUUUCAAUGCAUAUCUCUCCCUGUUUCAAGUGGCUACAUUUAAAGGGUGGAUAGAGGUGAUGAAUGAUGCAAUAGACAGCAGAGGUGAUCCAGCCCUUGAGUUGCAACCAAAAAGAGAGGAGAGGGUUUUUAUGUACCUCUACUUUGUCAUAUUCAUCAUCUUCGGCUCUUUCUUCACUCUGAACUUGUUCAUUGGUGUUGUCAUUGAUAACUUCAAUGCCCAGAAAUCAAAGGAAGGAGGAAUGGAGAUCUUCAUGACAGAGGAGCAAAGGAGGUAUUACCAGGCCAUGAAAAAGAUGGGCUCCCAAAAACCACAGAAACCUGUUCCAAGACCUAAGUGGAGACCCCAAGCUGCUAUAUUUGACUUUGUAAUGGAUCAGAAAUUUGACAUCGCAAUUAUGGCCAUCAUCAUGUUAAACAUGGUUCUGAUGGCAUGCGAAUACUAUGACCAGCCAGAUUCUUACUCCAACAUUCUCUACUGGAUCAACGCAGUCUUCAUCGUGGUAUUUACCAUGGAGUGUGUGCUGAAAUUGUUUGGACUAAGGCAGCACUAUUUUAAAAGCCCUUGGAAUGUAUUUGACUUCAUCAUUGUUAUUGUGUCAAUUUUAGCUUUGUUUCUUGCUGAUAUAAUCGCCAAGUACUUCGUCUCCCCAACAUUAUUAAGAGUAGUGCGUAUAGCCCGUGUAGGUCGUGUCCUGCGUCUAGUAAAGGGAGCUAAAGGAAUAAGGACUUUAUUAUUCUCGCUACUUGUAUCCUUACCUGCUUUAAUCAACAUUGGAUUACUACUUUUCUUAGUUAUGUUCAUAUAUUCCAUAUUUGGUAUGAACUUUUUCAUGCACGUCAAGUAUCAUGCGGGAAUUGAUGAAAUAUUCAACUUCCAGACAAUGGGGAAUGGGAUGGUAAUUCUAUUCCAAAUUUCCACUUCAGCAGGUUGGAAUUCAAUCCUAGAAGGGAUCGGAAACGAAGAGGACUGUACAACAGAGGAAAUUGAUGGUGUACCACCUAAUUGUGGAAAUCGUGGAAUGGCUGUAGCUUAUCUCCUCAGCUAUCUUAUUUUGAACUUUCUUGUAAUUGUGAAUAUGUACAUUGCUGUUAUUCUGGAGAAUUUCAGCCAAGCAACUGAGGAUGUUCAGAAAGGAUUAACUGGCGAGGAUUUUGAUCUUUACUAUGAGACAUGGGAAAAGUUUGACCCAGAAGCCACUCACUUUAUACAUUUAGAUCAGCUCUGUGACUUUGUAGAUGCUUUAGAUGAACCUUUACGCAAACCCAUUCCAAACUUUUAUAAAGUGGUAACACUGAAUAUUCCAAUAUGUACAGAGGAUAGAGUGUACUGCAAGGACAUCCUAGAUGCAUUAACAAAGGACUAUCUUGGCACAGGGGAGAUUGAGCUAGAUAACAUAGAAGAUGUUCCUGUAAUAGUCCCUGAUGUAGAAGGGUAUGAGCAGAUAAGCACUACGUUGAACCGACAGGUUGAGAUCAAUGCUGCAAAGAAGAUCCAGAAGUUCUGGAGAAAGUAUAAAUAUGAUUUAGGUACCCCAGCAGGUACACCCAAAAAAGGUCUUAGUGACCUUGUAGUGGUUUUAAUAGAGAAUGGUACCAGAGAGGCUGCCAGUGACACAACCACGACACCAUCAGACAAUGGGUUGGACAGUGGUGUAGAUAGCCUUAAUAAUCUCAACAAAGGAUCUGACUUCAUAGUAUGAUUUUAAGCCCAAACUACUUGGAUAGCAAUUACUAUACUUACCACAAUUGAUUAAACAACAAUAUUGGUGGUUUAAGGUCAAAUGCUUCAUACAUAUGCUAUAUACAGCAAUGCAUUGAUGUUGUAGUGUGGCACCCGCCGAGCAAAGCAAGAUGCAAUGGGCUAAAUGCGCCACAUCUGCAGUAUGAGAUCAAGGGUGACAAUCAGAGGCCCUUUGAGUUUAAACUCAAUUUAUGGCGGGAAAAUGUCAAAACUUUUUACUUUGAAUGACAAGUAUUCGUGUAAUUGUACAUUGUUAAUUUUGGUGGUUGUACUAUAGCUUUAACUCCUAGCAUACUUUCAUUUCAAUUUUCUUAUUCAGAUUUGUGUAAAUUGCUUACUCAUUCCAAGUUUUAACCAUUUAUAACUACAUGUUUGCGCAGGCAUAUGGCUGUAUAUAAUUUAAAUGCUCAUUUCCUUAAAAUAUUGUAAAUUACUGUACAUUGUGUAUAUUAGUAGGCCUAGCAAAAAUGGACAUAUAGGAUUGACUUUCCCACAAAAUAUUCUGAUCAUUGAGAGUAUUAUAAAAUAUUUGAAAUACCAUAUGCAUAAUGUACUUAUUGAAAGGACAACCGAUAAAACACUGUAAGUAUUAUUUAAUCUGAUUCAUCUGUAGAUACAUUUAGUGGUACAAACAUGAAUUCUCUCCAAAAUUUUUUUAAAAAGACUGUUACAGGAAUCUUUCAAAGCUUUUCUGAGCUGAUAUAAAAUUUGGAAAAAAUGCAGACAAGGUGAUUAUAUUUCUAAAUAAUACAUACAGUGGUAUGAUAUUGGUAAAUGAUAUUUGCAAAUGCCUUUAUUGUGAAAGAAACUUUGAAGGAUAUGCUGGUGAAUUCUCAAAACACAGGCUACAUAUUUUCAUUCCUCAAGAUUAAGAUGCAAUACUUUUUGCAGUAAAUGAGCUGUGCAAAGUGCCCAAAUGUUCAAUUUUUGUAGUUAAGAAAUAAAAGGUAUGUGUAGCCAAGUGGGUAAGAGAAUGGGAGAGGAUCAGAAUAUUUUGACAAAAGCACUGGGGAGUAAUUAGGAUAGCUUCAAUAGUAGUUUGCCGCAUUGUGUAAAUAUCUUGGCCUCUUUUGCAGUAAAUGUGUUCUUGAAUUUUAUUGGAUAUACUUCAAAUAAUCUUGCCUUACAAGAUUGUAUAUUACAUGAACAAUCAGUGACAAAAGGAAAAUUGAAAAUAAUCAUUGGUUCGAUAGGCUACCCAUUUUGCACUUACAUGCAUAAUAUAUAGACACUUUAAAAUCAUUCUAUGUUAGAAUCUGUAAAUAAUGUCUUCCCAAACAUUAGGCUGAUUUUUCCUUUUAGUCGGUUGAGGAUGCAAUUAUAAAUAUGUUCCAAACCUUUACCAUUUUAUCAACUGAUUCAUAAGUGCAAACUGAAGAACUAUCUUCAUGUCUUUUAUUUCCUUUUAGAUGUUUUAACCCAUUCGCAAUAAGUUUAUUUCUUUCAAACAAUUAAUAUUCAAUUCUCUGAACAAUUUGUUAAAAUAAUUCACAUAUAAUUUAUUAAGUUUAACAUCAGAAAUCAGAUUGUACAUAAAAUAUUCUACAACAAAUUAAAAGAAAUCUUUAAGGUGGCGAACAUGCUUACAUAGUUGCAUAUUGUUGAAUUUUUAUACUUUCAUUUGAAGUUAUCUCUCAAUCUUCUAUGUCAGCAUAUACAUUUUUACUGUUUGAAGCAAAUAAAUUAAUGAUAACUAAUACUAAAAAAAAAUAUAAUUUUUUGUUGAUUAUGUAUAGUUCAUGGAAGUAGCACCACUAAUUAACAUACAUUAAAUGAACUAUACACGCAGUUGAAUCUGAAUAAAACCAAAGUAUUAUUCACACCCCGGAAUAGCCUGACAACGGUAAAGUCAAAUACCGUUGUUACAAAUGGCAGACAUAACUGUCGC